GCAGUUGUCAGUCUCCCAGGCAGCAGAUGAGACCGUCGGACGAAGAUGGCGGACUCGCAGUCGUCAGGUCUCGGAGAGGAGAAAGAGAAGGAGAAGGAGGACAGCGAGAGGGACACGAAGGCCGCCAGCGCAGAGAAGAACAAGGACAGAGACGGACUCACGGAGACGCUGAGGAUCAACGACAAAAAUGGCGACAGCAGGGGCAAGAAACGCAACCUGUCAGACCUGUCUCUGGUCAGAUUUAUAACGACUGAGCUCACCAGAGGCUACUUCCUGGAACACAACGAGGCCAAAUACACAGAGCGCAGAGAGAGGGUCUACACCUGCCUCCGCAUCCCCAAGGAGCUCGAGAAGUUGAUGACAUUCGGCUUCUUCCUCUGUCUGGAUGCCUUUCUCUACGUGUUCACCCUGCUGCCCCUCAGGGUGAUUCUGGCCCUUUUGCGGCUCCUCACGUUGCCUUGCUGUGGCCUCAGUGGCUCCCGCCUGCUCCAGCCAGCCCAGGUGUGUGACGUGCUGAAAGGCUUCAUUAUGGUGCUGUGUUACUCUAUGAUGAGCUACGUGGAUUACGCCAUGAUGUACCACCUGAUCAGGGGACAGUCUGUCAUCAAACUGUACAUCAUAUACAACAUGUUAGAGGUGGCGGACCGCCUGUUCUCAUCAUUUGGCCAAGACAUCCUGGACGCUCUGUACUGGACCGCCACAGAACCAAAGGAGAAGAAGAGAGCACACAUAGGCGUGAUCCCUCACUUCCUCAUGGCUGUGCUCUACGUCUUUCUCCAUGCCAUCCUCAUCAUGGUUCAGGCCACCACUCUCAAUGUAGCCUUCAACUCCCACAACAAGUCCCUGCUCACCAUCAUGAUGUCAAACAACUUUGUGGAGAUCAAAGGAAGCGUGUUCAAGAAGUUUGAAAAGAACAACCUUUUCCAGAUGUCAAACAGUGACAUAAAAGAGAGGUUCACCAACUACAUCCUCCUGCUCAUCGUCUGUCUGAGAAACAUGGAGCAGUUCUCGUGGAACCCUGACCACUUGUGGGUGCUGUUUCCUGACGUAGUCAUGGUGAUAGCCUCAGAGGUCGCCGUGGACGUUGUCAAACACGCCUUCAUCACCAAAUUCAACGACAUCAGUGCUGAUGUAUACGGGGAAUACAGAGCCAGCCUUGCAUUUGACCUUGUCAGUAGUCGACAGAAAAAUGCUUACACAGACUACAGUGACUCAGUAUCCAGAAGAAUGGGCUUCAUCCCUCUGCCUUUAGCUCUGCUGUUGAUCAGAGUAGUGACCAGCUCAGUGAAGAUCCAGGGUUCACUCUCCUUUAUGUGUGUGCUGCUGUUUUACCUGGGGAUGAUCACUCUGAAGGUGCUCAACAGUAUCGUUCUGCUGGGGACGUCUUGUGUGUUCGUCAAAGAGGCCAAGAUGGAAGAAAAGCUCUUCGACCCUCCACCCUCCGUUGUCUCCAGCCGCGCAAACUCCAGAGCUCACCGCACCAAACAUGUUCAUCCUGUACCGCAGCAAGAAGUUGUUGAGUUUUUUCUCUUCGUGUUUGUUAGUCUCCUAUACGCCGGGCGCGGCGAGAGGGGAGAGAAAUGUGAGCCGGAGAGAGGACGAUUUCCGCGGUUGUUGCGGUGGGAUUUUGGGACCGUUUAUUGGACUGUCGCCAGCGACGAUGAGCGCGGCGGCGUCACCCAAUACGCUGUGGAUACAGAUGCCAGGCUGGCAGAACCCCACACAGCCGACACGAAGGAGGAAUCACCGUCUAGGGUACUCGGACCAGAUCCUCGCACCGUUGCCAACGUGGUGGCAGGAGACCUCUGCCCCCCACAAUACCCCUAA